AACUCUUUGGGCUGAGCAGCCUGGCAGUAUGGUGGAGACCUCUGGUGAGGGACGUCCGAACCAGGUGCAGACCAUAUUGUGUUUUUAUUCCAGUUUAUCCGUUACAGCUGCUGAGGAGAGCUGCAGCGGAUAAAAUUAGGGAAUUAAUUUGAUUUGUGAACCUGGGCUGUGGAGUAUGUCGGAAAAUCAAGAAAUGGACAUCAAAAACUUUGUAUUCAAUGCAGCUAGGGAUGGCAGAUUACGGCGACUGAAGGUUUUCCUUGAACAACGUACCAAGGAAGAAGUCCAAAUGCUUGUUGGUGCAAGGACCGGUGGAGCUACACCAUUGGUAAUGGCAUGCCGUAAUGGCCAUUAUGAUGUUGCAGAAUAUCUUGUGGAACGUUGUGGUGCUGAUAUAGAGCAGCCAGGUUCAGUUAUGUUUGAUGGCGAGACCAUAGAGGGGGCUCCCCCUUUGUGGUGUGCUGCUGCAGCUGGGCAUCUCUCUGUCGUGAGACUUCUGGUUAGGCAUGGUGCGUGUGUCAAUAAUACUACAAGGACCAACUCCACACCACUCCGAGCAGCCUGUUUUGAUGGCCACUUCGAAAUUGUUAAAUUCCUUGUUGACAACGGAGCAGAUAUUGAAGUGGCAAAUAGGCAUGGUCACACCUGCCUGAUGAUUGCUUGUUACAAGGGUCACUUCCGGAUAGCCAAGUUUCUCCUCAGUCUGAACGCCAGUGUGAACAGGAAGAGUGUUAAAGGCAACACUGCCCUUCAUGACUGUGCUGAGUCAGGCAGCUUGGAAAUCCUCAAGUUACUUAUUGCACAUGGCGCUCAGAUGGAUGUAGACUCAUAUGGCAUGACGCCUCUUUUGGCUGCAAGCGUUACUGGGCAUACACAUAUUGUAGAAUAUCUAAUUAAAUUACCAAAUCUUGUAUCCAGACAUGAGCGUGUUGAUGCUUUGGAACUACUCGGAGCAACAUAUGUUGACAAAAAGCGAGAUAUGAUUGGUGCUCUGGGUCUUUGGAAAAGAGCAAUGGAUGAUAGGUUUCCUCAGGGAGAACCACCUCUUCCUAAGCCUGUGCAAGUAGUGACAGUUGCUGCAUAUGAUCAUGCCCGAGAGGUGACAGAUCAUGAGACUUUAGAGGAACUCCUUGCAGACCCAGAUGAAAUGAGAAUGCAGGCACUAGUGAUUCGUGAGCGCAUACUUGGCCCCGCACAUCCAGACACAAGUUACUAUGUGCGCUACAGAGGAGCUGUCUAUGCUGAUGCGGGAAAAUUUUCACGCUGCAUUGCCCUUUGGAACUAUGCUUUAGACAUGCAGCAGAGAAUGCUGGAUCCCUUGAAUCAGAUGACCCAGAGCUCACUGUCGUCAUUCGCUGAGCUGUUUGCUUUCAUGGCUGGAGAGCAGGGCCGACCAGCAGCACGUGGUAGGAGAGUUCCUGAAGCAUCAUUUGAAGAAGUGCUAGAUGUACUUCGGAAGGCAGUGAGAGAGGUAGAGGCUGGCUCAACUCAACUGGAUCGCAUGCCAGCAGCAGCUGUUGGUGAACGAGAAACCCUUCAGUUACGUCGAGCUGUUGUUGUUGCCCUGCAGCUUGCAUGUUUGCUGGCACGUCUUUUGCCAGGACUUGAUGAGGCUCGUACAUUUGAACUUCACUGCACUGUUUAUAGAUUGGCAAAGGCACCUGUAACACACAGACUUGGAGGAGCCACACCCUUGCAUGUGGCAUGUGCUCAGAGAGGAGGAGGGGGAACUGAAGGAGGAAGAUAUCCAGCCUGCCGUCUCCCUUCAGCAGCUGUUGUAUCUUUGCUCCUUGCGUCUGGAGCCAAUGCGGAUGCAAAGGAUGAUGAUGGCUGCACUCCACUUCAUUUUGCAGCUGGCGCUACGACAGAGUUAGGUGCACCAUCUCUCAUUAGGACUCUGCUUGAAGGAGGUGCACAUUUAGAUGCUAGGAAUGGUCAGGGUCGUACAUUUGAACAGCUGCUGCCUGCAGGUGUUGCACUACAUGAAUUAAUAAAUCCAGUACGCUACACAACACUCACUUGUUUAGCUGCAGCCACAAUUCGUAAAUACAAUGUGCCUUAUCGUGGACAGAUUCCUGUCUCAUUGGAAGAAUUUGUUGCACGUCAUUAAGAUUGAGAAAAAUGGCUGAAUGCCAUUGGGUGACACAGAUCUUCCAGAGAAGCGGAAUUAUAUCAGCAUUAAUUAGCACUGUAUUGUUACUAUGCAAGCAAUUUCUUGUAAAGUAAUAGGAAUUACGGUAUGAUAAUAGCCGUACAGUACUAAGCCUUUAUAAUAUCAUUAGCUGAUUCUAACUCAGUUUUCACAAAAUCACAUGAAAUGAUGGUUUUGUUUGUUCCUGAGAGUGAGAGGAUAAUUGUUGGGAAUGAUAUCCACUUCGUUGAUCACAUCUUGAGCUACCAUCUUAGUACCGUUGUGUACAUUAUGGCAGUGGAACACUUGUGAUAGAGUAUUGUUUUGUGAUGACUAACAACUGUGUGGAUGAAAAUGAUCAUCACAAUGUUCAUAUAGAGUCCCAUUUGCUUUUUUCCUGAGCUCUGAUCUAUGAUUGAAGUGUGUUAGCAUCAUGCUGCGUGAAGUUGAGUUUUGGAAUAAUCAUAUUUUUGUUAUGUAGAAGAUAGGAGAAGUGUUUACUUUGUAUCUUCAGUAACUGGGUUGAUAUUUUACUCUAUAAAUUAAAAAGUUAUUUGCUUGAAUUCUUAAAAUGACAACCUUAUCAAAGCUGCUCGAUAAACAUGUAUACUGAAGUGUAACUGUCCUUUCUUUUUUUAACCCAUAGUCUCAUUUUUAAUAAAAUACCCCCACUUUUUGCUGCUCAAGUGAAAACAACUGUUUAACUACAGGUUAAUCAUAUUGAUUGCUUCCUCAGUCUUUAUGACUAGACAUUAGGGGUUGAACAAUAUUGUCAUUUAUGUUGGUAUCAAGGUAUUCUGAUCACGGUACACGGGAUGCUGAAGUCAUAUUAUUUCUGCUGCAGAGAUAGUAUCUGCUCCAGCAUUCAUCUGCUGAAUUGUCGACGGUAAUUGUAAAUUAGGAAUUUCUGACUGACAGCACUGUAAUCACUAUUUGGAGCAUAGUUGUGAUAAUCCUUAUGUCCUCAGAAUCAUUCAACUAUAGAUCUAAAUGUAAUUUUCAGCAGGUCAUAUCCUUUAGUUACUUAAGUGUAACGUGAGUUUGAUAGUAGACACUUUAGAGUGUCUAAUUGUAUUGGACUCAGAGUAAAUUGAGAACACAUCACAUUUGUUUAUGGGUAGUGCCUUAAAUAUGACUGUACUGUGUAGUAACAGCAGCAAGAAUUGUCGAAGAGUGUGACUGGAACUGUUGUUUGUGUCGAAGUGAGUGACUAUAUGUUACUCAGACAUGUUCAGUAGUCCAGUGAAGUGAUUUGAAACAGACCAGUUUUAUAACAUUUGUAUUGGCUGCUUAAAAUAUGCCAUUACUAAGUCUCAAAAAGAAAUCUCUGUUCUCGUGUAUUCAGCCACUUCUGUCCUACUUAUGGAGGGAGAGUGGGGGAUCCUUCCAGAGUUGUUGCUUUACAGUAUUAAGAAUUGUGCCUGAAGAGAAUCUGUUACCUUAAAUCCUAUUCUACAGUCUUCAUGUAGUCCAUAGAGCUGGUACUCAUGACUAGAUGAAAGUGCAGAUUUUAUGGCCUUCACUAAAAGAAGUAAAUAUUAAGUAAUAAAAAGGAAAUAUUACAUAAUUUAUGAAAUUUCCUGUCCACAGCUAUUUCUUCAUGAUUUAAAAUAUCUGUGCUCAGCUGUAAAUAGAUUGUUUAAUUUAUGCAAAAAAUAUGUGGUGUUUAUACGUUUAUGUUGAGAAUUGUGAUAAAAAAUUAUGUUCUACUAAAGAAACAGUUUAAUACUUCAACAAUAAAUGAAAAUUUUAGAAAUACUUUGUAAAGUAAUAAAAGAAAAUGAUUUGAAGACUUUAAUGUAAUUCUUUUCAUUAAUUGAUGUUAAUAAUUGAAUCUUACUUUCAGAGUGAAAAUUUGAUGCAGGCCUCCAGUUUUCAUCUCAUGCACUUUAAACCAUGAUUAUUUUGAGGGCUAUGAGGUAUAAGGUAUUCACAAUAUGUAACAAAAAUGAAAUAAGACUUGCAGUUAAUAUGUAUGUGUAGGUAAACUUAAAUGCCUUAAAGUUUAUAAUGGUACACAGUGAUUGCCCAUUGCUCCUAUCAACCAACCUGUCUCACAGUGCACAAAGAUUACAGUGUAACAAUACUCCCUUUCUUUUUUUAUAUCACAAUAUUAAUACUGACACCAGAGCUGCCUGUUACAUUGCACUUUACACAUGGGAAAUAGCAGACUGCAGUAAUGGAAACUGCUUGGAGCUAAAGAUAAAAAAUGGACUCAAAAUGUAAGCAAUAUAUCUACAGAAGUAAAUGUUCAUGCCAAGUGACAACUGAUUUUUAUUUGUUUAUUUUUAUUUUGGAAAUAUUGCUGGAGUGAUAUGUGCAAUAACACGUUGCCACUGAUGAAUAUUUUGUUUUGUUAUGUUAUGACUGUAAUAUUUUAAAUCGCAACACAAAUAAAAUCCUUCAUAAUA